AGUAUUCGUUGUGAGAGUGUGCCGGUUGAAUCUGAAAGUGCUUUGUCGGGUAACAAAUAUUGGUAAGAAGAUCAUCGCGGCUUAAGCCUUACCGUCGGUUUACAAUAUACACACAAUUAUAGGUGCUAAUAAGUAACUACUUAUAGCCCAGCUAUAUUUCUAGUAAUUAAAUGUCAUUGAUAUAUUUGUGGUCAAUAAUUGUAAUAUAGUAAAAAAAUUUAUAAUCAGCUUUAGCCGACGGUAAUUUAACAAAGAAAUAAAUGUUAUGUUAUAAGAAAAAGUGAUUUAUGGUUAUGUUGAUGGACCCAAAUGAAGUUGAUAAUAGUUUUGGACAGUUAUCGAGUACUCCUUGGAGUAUGGAAUCACCUUCGAGACAAUCCACAAUGCCAACAGUGACUGCGGCAGUGGGUGGCUCUGGCGGUAUAGCGUCAAUUCCGAUGCAAACUCAUGUUCCUAUAGUUGGAUUAACUCCAUUAAGUACUUCUGUUCCACCACCGCCCACCAUACCAUUAUCUCCCACAGUGGGCUUAGCAAAUCCACCUCAGCAUAGUGUCGCUCCAAAUCAAGCUCCACUCAGUGGUAUUUUUUCAAAUGGUCCUCCUUCGCCUGCAACACUAAAUGCUCUAGUCUCCCAGCAUAGGCUACUCGAACUGUCACGGUUUGGUUUGCGAGGAUAUGACCUGGCUCAACAUAUGCUAACUCAGCAAGGCGCAGUUUCGAAAUUACUUGUGCUAAAUAUUUCUAGGGAAAAUAUAGAACGUAUUGCUUCAAAUGAAGUGUCUGAUGUGUUUAAUAAAUCUGAAGAGCAGAAAAAUUACCAUCCUGAAGAUUGUUCGCAGCGUGAAAAAUUAAAAAACCAACCAUCUAAACAAUCAAAUUCCCGUUUGAAAAAGUGUUGUCCUAUAGGAGAAAGUUUAAGCAUUUAUGGUGAAAAUCAGAACAAUAAUAUGUGUGAUUCGUCACGGCUGGAAUUUAAACCAAAUAUUAUUAAUGUAGUGCUAUAUGAUAAUUGUAUUGAAGACAAUGAAAUAGAAAUAUCCUUGCUAUAUGAAAUUGGAAAUCCAUGUAAUACAUCAAUUGUCUAUAAUAACCUGGAUGACAUAUUUUAUGUUUUACAAGAUGGUUCAUUACUUAUUAUGGAUGAAUACGCAAACACUUCAUACACAGUUGAGGAAAAAUAUUGUUUAGACGUAGACAACAGAUCAGGAACUACAUAUGCUUUUAUUUGUAUUACUCAAGUAGAGGAGCAUUUAAAGAGAGGACAAAUAAUUACUGUAGCAAUCUUAAUGCUAAUAUCAAUUCCAUGUCUUUUAUUUCUGGCUUACUUACAUUUGAGCAUUAAAGAAUUAAGGAGUCUGCAUGGGCUUUCGUUAAGUUCAAUGUCGUUAUGUUUAGCGAUUGGAUAUUUUCUUCAUUCGUUGGCUCAUAUAUAUAGCAUUAAAUCAUUAAAUUUGGGAUAUAUUGUGCAAUUCUUUGUACUUUCAUACUUCUUUUGGUUCUUCUGUCUUUGUUGCAAUGUUCUUAUUAAUAUUUGGAUCAAAAUUCCAAUGAAUAAAGGGAAUAGUAAAACAUUUGUAUACAGCAAUUUUAUUGUGUUUAUAUUAAUAUGUUUUACUGGACCCCUUGUUUUGGUAAUAUUAACAGCACAGAAAGGAUUACCAGGAAUGCCUUCAUACUUUCUUCAAGGUUUAACAGAAUCCAUACGUGAAUCACAGAGAUAUUUCAUUCCGCCAGUAUCAACUUUAUUAUUUUUGAGCUUUUUAGUAUUGGUUAUAUCAUUUUUUGGUUUUCAAAGGAUAAAAAAACGGGAGACAACUGUAAGAGAAAAAAAAUUUUAUUUUACCAUUAACACUGAAAUUGAUGAAGAAAAAUAUGAAGAAGUGAAGAAAGACGCAAAAUGCAUUAGUCUGCUAAAUUUAAUAAUGGUGAUAACGUGGAUGUUAGAAAUUGUCACAUUUUAUUCACCUGGACCGGAGAAUUAUUUAAUAUUAUUAGAAAUGAUAAAUGGAAUUCAAGGAAUUUUAAUUUCACUUAUCUUCCUAGUAGUGCGCCGUAGAAGAACAAUAAUAUUAAGAUGGUGGUACGACCGAGGAUCUCAUAACUUGGAAAAUGUAGAAUUAUCCGAAAAUAGUAAAUAGAAAUAUGUAUACUAUAUAAUAGUGCCUCAAAUGAUGUUCGACUUCUUUAGAUAACCGGGUAUGCUUGCAUUCGAACAUUUAACACAAUGAACUGCGAAUUGCUUGAAUAUAUUCUAUCACUUUACAUUCGAACAAUUAUUGCUCUGUUUUUGAAAAUGACAAAACUUAAUUUAUUAACUAACUAAAUAAACAAUAGCAGAUUUGUUAUUUGAAUAGCUCAAAGACCCAUAUGAUCAAAUGUGAGUACAUGUUAGGUCUUUGGCAAUAUUUUUAUGAUCGAAUGCGAGUACAUAUUAGGUCUGUUCCAUGAGCUACUAGUAACUCAUGGAACAUCCAUGUUGAAAUUUGAAAAUGCUACACACACUUUACUCGUACAUUAUAUUUCAAGUAAAAUUUGUGUUGAUCUGUUAAUCAGCUGUUUUGGUUGUUCCAUGAAAAUCUAUGUAAAGAGCGAAAUUUGGCACUUCAUUUGUGUUACGCUCUUAGUUUUACUACGAUUAUCUCGUGGAACAAACCAUUUGUUUUCGAAUUAUGUCUGCAAGCAAAUAUUUGCAUACAAAUUUUACCAAAGUCUAGGCAGUGUAGACACGCUAGGUAAAUUUUUGAAUUCGAGUAUACACCCAAACUUGCUUCUAUAUCGCAACGCUCGUACACUUUGAAGUACUACUAUGUAUGUAUAUAAUAUAAAGGUAAUAGCAUGUAUAUUAGAAUAAAUAUCAUACCUAAUUAGAUACGUUUGUAAUUAAGUAAAAACAGCAUUUUUCUAGUUGUUGAUUCUUCAAUAUUUAUUUAUUAUAAAAAUAUACUGCAUUAAAUAUUUUUGUACUCUAAUUAAGUAAUUUAAAAAAGCUGAAAUUAAAUAACAACUAACUUAUUUAUCAAUACAAUCAAAUCGACUACGAAAAUUUUUUAACGAAUAUUACUUCUCGAAUCGGUUUUAUAUUCGUUUAUCUUUAUACUGUAGACUAUA